UGGCGAAAUAACACGAGUUAUCGUUUCGUGCACAUUAAAAAUAAUAUUACUUAUACUGUGUUUAACUGAGGAUUUCUUUCUUUGACAGUAAUAAAAUGAUAAGAUAAAUUGUCUGUGAUUGUGGAGUAAAGUAUUGCGCUCGUUCAGUGUUCUUCCAUGUUCGAAUCAAGAUGGACCACGGAACGGCUGAGCUGGAAAAGAUAAAUAUAAGUGACGAAAAUGAAGUGAAAUCUCUAAAGGAUGUGGACUCUAAUCGACCAUUUCGGAGACAGGCCUUUGUUUCCAUGGGGUCAUUCCUCCUGUCAUUUAGUGCUGGAGCAACAGCUGGAAUCUCAGCCAUCAUUAUACCGCAGCUGUUACAUGAGGAAGGAAGACAUAAAUAUAGUACAGAGAUGAUGUCCUGGGUAGCGGCCAUGUCUUCUUUGGCUCUUCUCUUCGGUAACAUGAUAUCCGGAUACUUAAUGGAACGUUUUGGCAGAAGAAUGUCUCAAAUCAUCCUCUCAAUGUUCUACAUUAGUGGCUGGCUGAUCAUUGGAUUCUCAACGAACAUCUACUUCAUGCUAGUUGGGAGGUUUAUUACAGGCUUUUGUCAAGGGUGGCUUGGCCCAUUAGGACCUGUAUUUAUUGGAGAAAUAAGUUCACCAGCCUACAGAGGUCUAUUCUUGGCUGGCCUGUCCUUGAGCAUUGCAUCUGGAGUGUUCAUGUCGCAUUUGUUUGGAACCUUCCUUCACUGGAGUCACGCAUCAAUUCUGUGCGCGCUGUUUCCGUUGCUCGGAUGUGUUACUCUAUAUUUUUCACCUGAAUCGCCUUCCUGGCUUGCAUCUAAAAACGAUAUCGACAAAUGCAAGAAAUCAUUUUAUUGGUACAGAGGAAAUAGUUUAGUGAUGCAGAACGAGCUGGACAAAAUGCUAGCCGAAUACGAGAAGAAAAAAGAAGUGAAACCCAAGUGGGAAACUUUGAAAGAUAAUAUACAGAAACCAGAGUUUUGGAAACCUCUAUGUAUAAUGAUUGUAUUCUUCAUAGUCACACAGUUGUCUGGUAUCAAUGUGAUAUGCGCGUACACAACAGACAUAAUGAAAGUGCUCAUAGGAAAUAAUAAAAACACGUACACGGCUAUGUUAGCAACUGAUAUUUUACGAGUAGUAGCCCUAAUUACAGCGUGUAUCCUCCUACGUAGAAUAGGACGCCGGCCAUUAGCUAUAUUUAGUGGUGUGUUUACAACACUAUCUUUAAUAACACUAUCCAUAUAUUUAUAUCUUGUUGAAAAGAGGAUUAUAAGGCAUAUAUCACCGCUCAUAUCUCUAGGAUUAAUGGCUAUAUACAUAGUUGUAUCUAACUUAGGUAUAUCACCUUUACCGUGGAACAUGGUUGGCGAAGUAUUCGCGUCAGAAACCAAAGGAUUAGGUUCUGGUAUUAGUGUGAUGAUGACUUCUAUGGCCUUCUUUGGAACUGUAAAAACAGCGCCCGCCAUGUUUCAUAGUAUAGGACAUCAUGGCACCUAUUUGUUCUAUGGCCUAUCUACUCUCUGUGGUACGGUCUUCUUAUACUUCUUCCUUCCUGAAACCAGAGGUAAAACUCUAUUACAAAUUGCAGAACAUUUUAGGUACGGAAAUAAAGAAAAAAGUAAAGAAUCUAAUAAUCACUGCGUAUAAUUAGGUUUAAAGAACCGCUUAAUGUCAGUGUGAUAAGAUAACACGAAAAGCAGGUCAAUAGUCUUACGUAAUAGGAUUCAAUUCAUCAAUGUGAUAGUCCCAGUACAUUGGGCUAUAAUGAAUAAUUGUUAUCGUAAUUUAAAUAAUAAAUUAGAUAUGGAGUAAUUUAGGGAGCGUUAGGUGUAACUUUGUCACACAAAUUGUCUAAACUGCCAGUAAUGAUAAUUACAAUUGAUGAUAAUAAUCAACUUAACCUCAUUAGAUACUUUUCUCAUAGAUUUCUUUGAGAAACAUUUAAGUCUCAAUACAUAAAUAACUUUAGGUAGCAUGUAACGGCCGACUGUUUUCAUAUGGAAACAAAUUGGGCGCAAAGUAACUCUUGUGGUUUCUGGUUGACCAGCGCUGUGAAACAUGUCUGCUCCACAGCAUAUUGCUGAGCCAGGGCCAGCUACAACCACAGCACACACACAUAAGUGUGUAAUGUGUAUGUAUGUAGCUUAUUCAUUUUUUUUUUCUUUCCAUAAUUUUUUGUUAUUUUUUUUUUUUGAUGAUUAUUAUUUUGUGUUUCUAUAUGCGUGUUUUGUUAGUAAUAAAAGUUACGGUUCGUUAGUAAUUGGAAAAGUGCACGUUGUAUCGCCCCAAGUGUUUACGGAUGCACCGUUGCUAAUAAAAACAGUAGACAAUUUCACAGUCCGUUUAAGAUGGACAAGUGGCACGCUUCUGUUUCAACAAGUUAUGAAUUUCUUCCUGUUGUGACACGUGGGUAUGACCCGAGAGAUUCGCAUCUGCAAGGAUUUUUUUCUGAACGCCGUUUCCCACGUUACACGUUGGUACGCGACCUGUUUUUGUGCACCACAAAAAGUGAGGGUAACAUCUGGAGGUGUGGUUAUUUUUGGAGUACCAUUUGAGGAUGAGGAAGUAAGAAUUAUACCCAGACGUAUAUCAGUUAAUAUUUCAGUAAAUAUUUAACUAAGUAAUUACUGCUUCAUCUGUACUUGUUCAUAUUAUUAAGAUUCUGUCAUUUUAUCAACGUGUAAACAGUAAGUAUAAUUAUAAAAAUAUAUUAGUAUUUAUAGAUUCAAAAUAAGAAUAAUUAUGAUUAUAGAAUAUUAGUUUCUGUUACAACUUUAAAAAAACAGAUUCAAUUAUAUCUAAUUACACUGUUUGCACAUACUAUUAACCCGUACACAACACAAAAAAUAAAAGAUACAAGAAUAGAAAUAACAACAAUGACCGAUAAACAGGAGUAAUUUGACAAAUAACACACAAAUCUAUAAUUUUUGAUUAGUCAUAAACUACGCCAAACAUCUCUUGUGCCUGUGUUGGCACUUAUAAUCAAAGGCUUUUAAAUAAUUCCAAUAGAAAUUAGCGUAAUUUUCAUAUCAAGUUCCGGUGCGUUCAUUUGUUUAUUGUUCUGUGAACCACUUGCAUAUCAUAUCAGUGUGUGGGUCAAAAUGAAUAUUGAAGAGACACGUGUCGGAAAUGCUGCACGUGGUUUCAAUUAGAUUGAAAAAAAUGUUGUCUAGAAUAAAAAGCCUCACCCCUAAGUGGGUGGAGUCGUUGAUAAAGGUUAUCAUAGAACGUAUAUUUUGACCUCUGUACACGUAACAUUGUAUGAUUUUAUUACCGUCUUAAGUAGUCAAUUUAAUGCUUCGUUUGUGAUAUUCAAAUUGAGAUUUUGAUAAUGCGUUAAUUGAAAUUUAAUUGUAGACCAAUAAAUUAUUCUAGUAGUAAUAGUCAAUAAUUAGUUGUUCGCAUGAGAUUUUUAUACUAUGAUUAUCUUCUAUAAAUCUAUCUAGUCUAUAAAUUUAUACAUAAAUAAAAUUUACGAAAUA